AUGGCAGGGCAUCGGGGCGCACUUCGGCCGGCGGCACCCCAGCCCAAAGGCGGGGCUCCCGACGUAUCCGCAGUCCGGGUCGGGCGUGCCCUACGACGCGCACCAACCGGAGCAACAUUCAAGGUGAAUCAUCUUCGGUCCGCCUCCCGUCCCUCCCCCGCCUCACUGCACCUGAGCCAAUGGCGCGGCGCGGGGGGCGGGCGGGGCGCUGGGGGCGGUAAAACCCUCCCGGAGUCAUUAUCUCUGCACUCCGUCGAGCCCCCGGGUCUCGGCGCCGGAACCCGCCAGCCUUCUUCCUCGAACACGGUCGUCACACCUGGUGCACCCCGUUCAUCUGCCUCUGGGGCCCGGUGGCCAUCCGGCCCUACCCCGCCUGCUGCGUGGAAGAGGCUCCUCCUCAGGUGGCUCGGCUGGGGCCUUCUCCUGCAGACCUGUCACCCGACACCCAGGAAGCGCGCGGCCCCAUCCCGGCUCCUCUUUGUUCCCCCGCUGGGCUCCGCGCUCCGGCGCCGCCUCCUCCCGCCAGGGUCCUGGAGAUUUGGGGCGCCGCCCUCGGCUCAACCUGGGCGCGCCUUAAGUUCCGUCCUUUGGGCUCGCUCUAAACGAGGGCCCUUUUUUUGCCUAGUUCCUCGGGUGUGGACUGGGAGCGGAGCAGGGAGGCGGCGGUGCGCCCAGCCCGGAGCCGGCGCAGGGCACCUGGCACUAGAGGCAAGGGCCUCCAUCCUGCCUUCUCCCGUGGCAGCCACUGUGGCAACCACUGACGCAACCGCCCCAGCCCUCCCUUGCCUCCAUAGCCUCUACCUUCCUCCAAAGUACUCUCAGAGCCUUCCAGAAGCCACUUCCACAGGCUCUUGCCAGAGACAGUUCGCUCCAGUUCCUUCCAAGCUGUUCCCUUGUCUGAAGGAGACUCCUGCCCUGAUCCUGGCCCAGGUCAAGCAGCAAAGGUGCCCAUCGGGGGACACUUUGCAGUCCUGCCUUCUGGGCCUCUGCUGUGUCACAGGGCAAGCUGGGACUGCUGGCCUCUGUGCUAAGAGGCCAUGAGAAGCACAUUGGAUGUUCUUGACACUGGCAUUUGGGAGUAGGUGAGGCCCAGCACGAUAGGUCAUGAGGACCUGACAGCUGCUUGCUGACCUUGGCAAAAAGGUGGCUUGUUUGGGCGAUGGUUUUGGGAUGAGAGUCUUUGGGAUGAGAUGGAAGACUCUGCUGACCUCUGCAAACCUAAGACAUCAGUCUUUCUC